GGUGGGUUGAGUGUGUGUGCAUGCACGUGAACAGAGCAGGUGUCUGUGUUGCGGGGAUAAAGUGGGGCUGUCAGCUUGGAGCUCAAGGUAUUGGAAGUGGCCUACUGGGUUAAGGACAGCCAUUAAGAAAAAAACAAACCUUGAAGAGAAUACAGUCUUCCCAUUUGGAAAAUAAAAAUAACCCUUGCCUUUUUCAUCCUGAGUUUUUGCAACAAGACGGAAGCCGAGACGAUGUUUUGUUGGCUGUAAAGUACUGUGUACAUGUCAGAGGUGGCAGUCAUGAUCAGUCAUGAUAGCACAGCUGAUACAUAUUGAGGGCUUACUGUGUCCCAGGUACUAGUACGCUAAGCACCGACGUAUAUUAUCUCAUUCCACCCUGACAGUAUUCAUAUGAGAAAAAUACGGAUAUUAUCCCUUAGAAUGUCAUCUCCACGAGGGCAGGGAUUUUUGUCUGUUUUGUUCACUGUUGUGUUGCCAGAGCCUAGAACAGUACCUGACACAUAAUAAGUGCUCAAUAAAUAUUUGUUGAAUGAAUGAAUGAAUCGACCCAGGAUACAGGUGAAGGCCCUGAGGCUCAAAGAGUACCAUUUGGCCAAGGUCGCCCAGUCAGUAAGUGGCUGGGAUAGCAAGCAAGGACCUUCUGAUCUCAGUGUCCAAGUUCUUAACCACUUGACUCCUUCCUAGGAGUACUGUUCUUUGAGUACAGUUGCUUGUUGUCACUGUUAUUCUUGUUGUUCCUAUUAUUAUUUCAGGCCCUGGGCUUGGCCAGGCAGGGGAACCAGACACUGGAUCCCAUCUUCCUUCCACCAUCUCCACCUCCAUAUUCCUUCCGAGUUUCCCAACCAUCUCUCCCAGUCACCCCCUCACCACUGGCCCUUCCCACAGCUACCAAUCCAUAGCCCAUCCCCCGCUCUUGCAGGGAUGUUCCUGAUGACAAACAGCCUAUCGCCAGCCUCCCAGGAGUGGCCAGGUAGGAGACGGAGUGGGGAGGGCAGGGUUAUGAUGGAGGGAGCAAUUUCACAGGUGGAGGUGACAGGAAGCAGAAGCAGACCCAGGAGGCAGAAGAUCCAGAGAGGCUGACUUCAGCUCAGAAGGACUGUCUCGGGGGGGCAGAGUUGUUCCACAACAAAAGAGGCAGCCUCGGUCAGUAAUGAGCUACCUGUCACCAGAGGCGCCAUAGCAGAGGAACGCUGAACUUCAGAUGGGAGGUAUGGUGUGAACCGGCUGGAAGAGAUGCUGAAGCCCCUGGUGGAGGAGGGCCUGCGCUGUGUCCUAGUCUUCGGCGUCCCCAGCAGAGUUCCCAAGGAUGAACGGGGCUCUGCGGCAGACUCCGAGGACUCCCCGACUAUCGAAGCCAUCCGUCUGUUGCGCAAGAAUUUCCCCGGCCUCCUGGUGGCGUGCGAUGUGUGCCUGUGCCCCUACACCUCCCACGGUCACUGCGGGCUUCUGAGCGAGAAUGGGUCGUUCCAAGCUGAGGAGAGCCGCCAGCGGCUGGCAGAGGUGGCGCUGGCCUAUGCCAAGGCAGGCUGUCAGGUGGUGGCCCCGUCGGACAUGAUGGACGGACGUGUGGAAGCCAUCAAGGAGGCUCUGAUGGCACAUGGAUUUGGCAACAGGGUAUCAGUGAUGAGCUAUAGUGCCAAAUUCGCUUCCUGUUUCUAUGGACCUUUCCGGGACGCAGCUCAGUCAAGCCCAGCUUUUGGAGAUCGCCGCUGCUACCAGCUGCCGCCCGGAGCACGAGGCCUGGCCCUCCGCGCGGUGGACCGGGAUGUACGGGAAGGAGCUGACAUGCUCAUGGUGAAGCCAGGAAUGCCCUACCUGGACAUCGUGCGGGAGGUAAAGAACAAGCACCCUGAGCUCCCUCUCGCCGUGUACCACGUUUCUGGAGAGUUUGCCAUGCUGUGGCAUGGAGCCCAGGCCGGAGCGUUUGAUCUCAAGGCUGCUGUACUGGAGGUCAUGACUGCCUUCCGCAGAGCGGGUGCCGACGUCAUCAUCACCUACUACACGCCUCAGCUAUUGCAGUGGCUGAAGGAGUGAUGGAGAAAACGUGCAAGACCCAAGAACUAGAACUUUUUAACUCCUGAGCCUUGGAGAAGUGAAAACCAAAGUAAACGAUGCUUUUGGAACUGUG